AUGCCUUUAUUUAAAAAACACAAGGGUUCUCAACUAUUGGAAGAAGAGGAAGACUUGGUAGAGGAAUUGGAUGAUGUGAUUCUGUCCUCAUCCUCAUCAUCGGGUUUAGAGAAAACUCAUCCGAAAGAAAAUGAUGAAGAACAAUCAUCUCCCGUCAUGAAUACAAGUAGUAGUGCUGCAGGUGGAACUACAACGAGUAUCACAUCAAAACUCAAACAUACCAAUGACGAUGAAUAUGAUGAACCACAUUCAGAGCUUGAAAAAACUCCUGCUUUUAAAGACGAUCGUUCUAAAUUGAGAGUCCGAUUUGAAAAUAUUAACAAGGAAGAAGAAGCACAAGAUUUAGAGACACCACCUCAACAACGAAAGCAAAUCCUUGUUUCAAAACAUCAUGAUGCUUCUCCAGCAGUGGCAACAUCAUCGAAUGAUCAUUUAUUGCCUCCACAUUUAUCAUCUCCGAGAGGGUCAGAUGAUGAAGAUGAUGACGAUGAUAUGAAGAGAAAAAGUGACAUUAAGAUUUCUCUCAACAAUGAACACGACGAUAUGCAAAAUGUAGGACUGGAUGACGACGUGGAAAUUGAAAUUACAGGAACAACCAAAAUACCCUCUUCGAAACAAAGUGAAAAGAAAUCAUCUCCCCAUCUACCAAUAUUUCGAAGAAACGAAUAUGAAGAAUCGCUCCUAUACUCCGAUAGCCAUAUCGACGAUCCAUAUGCCGACUACUUGAAACCUCAAGCGAUGGAAGAGGAAACGAGCAACUCUAAAAAUGUAUUACUGAAGAUUGUCUCUCAAUUUCCAAGAAUCAAUAUCUCACAGUUGAUGUGGCUUGUGAAAAUGUCUUUUCAUGAAUUUUGGCUUGCCACUGCUGGUACACUCUUUCUAUUGAUUAGUACUGGGCUCGGGCUUGCUUUACCGAUUUAUGCAGGAAAGAUCAUUGACCAAAUUCCAUCGCAAGCACAAGGCAAGACAUUCUUGAAUGAAAUGGCACUCGUUCUGUUUGGAAUUGUGGCAGCUAUUGGAGCAACUACUGCAAUUCGAAACUUUUGCUUUACGUUUGCUGGAGAACGUGCUGUGGCUCGUCUCAGAAAAAAUUUAUUCACUUCAAUAAUCGUACAAGAGCUUGGAUUUUUUGAUGUGACAAAAACUGGAGAAUUAAUUAAUAGAUUAAGUUCGGAUACUAAAACUUUGGAAAAUGCCAUCACUGUCAACUUUUCCAUGUUCCUACGUUAUUCCAUUCAAAUGAUUGGAGGAGUCAUAUUCUUAUUCAUCAUUUCGUGGAAAUUAACACUAGUCAUGCUUGCAGUCAUUCCUGCCCUUGUAGUUGUGGCUCUAAUUUAUUCUAAAUACAAUAAGAAUGUUUCAAAACAAAUGCAAGAUGCAUUGGCCAAUUCGACUGAUGUUGCAGAGGAGACACUUUCCAAUUUACGAACUGUCCGCAGUUUCACCAUGGAAGAAAAACAUGCAAAUUUGUAUGGAACAGCCAUUGAUCUCACAUUAACCAUUGCAAGAAAAUUAUCCAUUAUCAAUGGUGUAUUCACUGGCGGUAUGACAUUUUGUGGUAAUGCUGCCAUUAUACUUGUCUUGUGGUAUGGAGGUUCACUCGUAUUGGACGAAGAACUUUCUAUUGGAUCUCUCCUUGCAUUUAUUGUUUACACAAUUUUAGUGGCAGCUAGCUUUGGUGUUUUGAGCGGAUUAUUGAUCGAUCUUGUCAAGGCAUUAGGAGCUACGGUGCGCAUUCACGAAUUAUUACAACGAAUUCCUGAAAUUGAGAGAAGAAAUCCAUCUCAAAAGGAGAAUGACACUCGAGAAUUACCAACACUCAACGGUCACCUUGUUUUCCAUGAUGUUGGCUUUGCAUAUCCAUCACGAAAAGAAAUUCAAGUUCUCAAUCAUUUAAAUCUCGAAUUGUCUCCUUCGACUGUAAUGGCACUUGUUGGAAAAUCAGGUCACGGCAAGACAACGAUUGCAUCAUUGUUGCAACGUUUCUACGAUCCCACAGAAGGACAAAUUACACUCGAUGGUGUUCCUCUCACGCAAAUUGAUCCAAUGUGGUUGCGUCGAAAUAUUGGUGUCGUGAGUCAAGAGCCUACUCUCUUUCCCACUCAAAGUAUUCGUGACAAUAUUUGUUAUGGAUGGAAGGAUGCAGAGAAUGCAGUACCCACAGAAAAACAACUAAUGGAUGUUGCAAAGAAGGCCAAUGUGAAUGAAUUUGUUUCGGCACUGGAAGAUGGAUAUGAUACUCUUGUAGGUGCCACGACCUUAACGAGCAGUCAAAAACAACGAAUUGCCAUUGCGAGAGCCAUGUUAAAGGAUCCAAAAAUUCUCAUUGUGGAUGAACAUUCGUCGUCACUUGACGCAAAUACUGACCAUGAAUUACAAGAAGCUCUGAAUCGUCUCAUGGAAGGUCGAACGGUGUUGAUUAUUGCUCAUCGAUUAUCGACGGUCAAGAAUGCUGAUGUGGUUUGUGUGAUUGAGAAUGGAAGUGUCGUGGAAGAGGGCUCACACGAACAAUUAAUUGUACAUGAAAAUGGCAAGUAUAAGGCUCUUGUAGAACGACAAUUAAUAGGCUUUGAGGAGGUGUAA